AUGUCGAACACAACCGAAACUGAAUUCAGAUCAACAUCGAAUAGUGUUUAUUUGAAACUAGCGGAUGAUUACGCAAAUAAAAUACGUCGUUCUAUACCUAACGCAUUAACACUGGGAAAUUUGGCUUGUGGUCUGUUUUCAUUAAUCAUGACCAUGAAUGGUCUUCAUCGUUUUGCAGCUUUAUUUGUCUUUCUUGCUGCUGUAUUUGAUUUUUUUGACGGACGUGUUGCACGAAAGUUGGGAUACGCAUCGCCAAUUGGUGCAGAAUUAGAUUCACUAGCCGACGUUGUUUCAUUCGGAGUUGCACCAACGAUUUUGGCUUAUUCGAUUUCACAAUGGUCAUUUCUGAUGAUUAUCGCAUUUUUCAGCUUUCCUCUUGCUGGUGCUUGGCGGUUAGCUCGAUUCAAUAUUCAUCCGACUACAGGACAUUUCGUUGGUCUUCCAAUUCCAGCUGCUGGUCUAAGUGUCGCAUUCUUAGCGUUAUUUUCGUAUGUUUCACCAUUAAUAAUGAUUGCCUUAGCAGGAUUUAUGGUUUCGAAAGUUGACGUACCAAAACUAUGA